UACUAUGGAACAGCAAGUCAUGACGGCUGCUCUUCCUAUGCUCAUUCUUGGCCUUGGCUGGACCGGACAGUUUCUCGUCCAGUUAUUGACGGAGUUGCAUCUGAACUAUGCGGCGACAACGCGCGACGGUCGCAACGACACAAUAAAGUGGGAGAUGCCACUGGAUUCCUGCUCAGACGUUGAUGCAUCGUCGCUUCCAGCAGCAAGAACAGUGUUGAUCACGUUUCCAGUGAUGAAUCCGGAAUGUGUGAGGUCGCUGAUUCGUGAAUAUGAAAAGUUGCACGGUGCGUCCCAGUGGAUAUUAUUGUCUUCAACGCGUCCGUUUACGGAAAUUCCCAGCGACCGACACAGUCCUCUUGAUCCAUCCAAGGAUACUGGCCGUAUGGGAGCAGAAACAGUGAUUAUACAACACGGCGGAACCGUCUUGCACCUUGGCGGUCUAUGGGGCGCGCAAAGGCAACCGCGUAAUUGGGUGCCGCGAUUUGCUACCGAGUCGGCUCUUCGCACCAAACUGCUCAACCGUCCAUUACAUCUUAUUCACGGUCAGGAUGUGGCGCGCGCCAUUGUGGCUGUCCAUGAAAAAUUUCAACGCGGUGAGCGAUGGAUCAUUACUGACGGCGGAUGCUAUGACUGGAUUCGCUUGUUCUUGGCGUGGGGCUCGGAUGAACAAAUAGCGUUGGCACGAGAUCUAGCACGAAACGAUGCGCAAUGUCGAGAAGCGUUGGGUGAAGGCACGUUGGAAGAGGUGGUACAGCGAGGAGGAGUACGACCGCGUUUGGACUCUCGCGAAUUCUGGGAAACAUUCAAACUGACUGCCACCCAAUUCCUUGACAUCAAAUAGCAGUACUCCCCAUUUACCUUUUUAUUUUCGAAUACAUCUCACUGAGACUAGGAUCGCUUUCUCAUCGUUCGAAGUUUCUGGUCACCCAUUUCACCCGAAGUCUUUCUUGGAUUAUUUUACGUUUAAAUAUGAUGUAUAUUAUUCACAGAUUCACAGCUGAAUAUAACUUCUCA